CGAAGAAAGGGUUGGUGCCGCUGGUGUUUGGCCAGACAUUGCUGCAAACGCAUGAAUUAUAAUUAGGGGGAGGACAACGCUCGCCUGGACCAUGAGCAAUGAGUCUACCGUCUGGAAAAACCUAACCCAAAACUACAACGAGUCUGCGGUGGCGGAGGGCAGCAAGCAGGAUGGCUAUGUGCUGCUCCUGGUGCUGCUCUCCAUCUUUGUGGGCGGCACGCUGGUGCUCCUGUCCGUGCUAUUGAUCGUCUGUCGCCACUGCUGUGAUGAAGACCGCCGCUACACACGGGCCAAUGAUGAUCCUGAGAAGCCCAAAACCUCCUCCUAUCUUGAGGAGUCCCAUCCCGUGCAUGAGAUCACUAUUCGGGUGGAUGAGUCGGACUGCGUGUCGGCGUCCAGCUCCCGUGACAUGGAGGCAGAGACGGAGACGGAGCGCUUCCUGUCCACGGGCACGCAGGGCCGGCGCGUCUCCUUCAACGAGGCCGCCCUCUUCGACCACAGCAAGAAGGCCCAGGAGAAGGGCCGCAGGUACACGCUGACGGAGGGGGACUUCCACCACCUGAAGAACGCGCGUCUGACGCACCUCAGCAUCCCCCCGCCGGCGCUCAAGAUAGUUACCAUCCACGAGUGUGAGUCAUCGGAGAAUAGCAUCGCCAUGACAACUCGGCCCGCCUCCAAGUCCAGCCUCUCCAUCUUUCAGUCAGCGUUGCGGCCGCCCCUGCCCCAGACGGCCCUGACCAGCCUGAGCGUGGUGAGCCCCAGCGGCUGUGCCCUCCCUGGGGACGCGCUCAACUCCACCGUGGACAGCAGCAGCUUCAGCCUGAGCCUGCCUCCACUGCCUCCCCUGCCUCCCCUGCCGUCCUCCACCACCUCCACCUCCACCUCCACCUCCAUCCCCCGGGCCCCCAGCCCAGCACGCUGCAGCCAGGGGCCGGCCGUCAUUGAGGUGAUGGGGGACAGCUUGAAACACAGAGGAGGAGGCAGCAGCUCGGGGAGCUCCGGCGAGGCUGUGUCCGCCUCGGGUGUGUCAUCGGCGGGGUUGGCCUCCUCGGGCCAGGGUCCCGUGCUACAGUUCUUCACCAAGCUGCGGAGGCACGCCAGCCUGGAGGGAGCCAGCCCCUACCUCAAGAUCAAGAAGUGGAAGCUGGACAGCACCCAGAGGGCCUCCAGCUUGGACACCAGAGGUUCCCCCAAGAGGCGCCAGUUCCAGCGGCAGCGGGCGGCCAGCGAGAGCAUGGACCAGGAGGAGCACCACAUCGACCUCAUCCAGUACAUAGCCAGCACCAAGAACAUCGCCUACCACCCCACCCCCAGUGCCAGCGCCAGCGCCCCGGCCAGGGGCAGCAGCAGCAUCCUCUCGCCUCUCUCCACCCCACCACCUUCCCUCGGCAGGCUAGAGGUGGAGGUGGUGGUGGAGCCUAGCUGUAGCAGCAGCUCCGGGGGUGGCCUGAUGGAGACAGAGAUGGAGAUGGAGAGGAUGGAGGCGUCCUCCGAGCUCGCCACGACCACCACAACGGAGGAGCUGGGCUGUCAUCGGGAGAGCCCGUCGGCAGACCCCCCGACGCUCUACCAGGACAUCUGGACCCUGCGGGCCUCCCUGGAGCAGUGCGUCACCUCCGACCAGAGCAGCAACAACGACAAGGACUCAGUGCGCAGCGACGCGGACAGCGUCUGUUCCCUCGGAGGAGGUGUAGGAAGCGGAGGUAAGCGGGAGGAGAAAGGGGGCUUGCAGAGCAACCCCUCGCAAGACCUCGACGUGGACGACAACAUUGAGGUGGAGAACCUGGAGCUCUCGUUGCCCACGACGACGGACGAGAAAGUAAAGGAGGAAGAAGAGUCGGAGCGAACGGGAAGCGGGAAAAAGCAGGACAGUGUGGACUCGGAGAAAGGUAGUGACGGGGAGUCCAGCAACCGGAAGCUUCUCCAGAUGGACAGCGGCUACGCCUCCAUCGAGGCUCCGUCGCGCGGCCCCGAAGAGAUGCGCUUGUUUGGCAGUGUAAGCAGGGGCAGCGGCAGCAGCAGCAGCGACGGUUUGGCACUGGAGCGAAGGCGGUUCUUCACCAGCUCGGGCCACAAGGCCACCGUCUGCGAGAGCCUGGAGUCGUCCCUCUUCGACGAAGAGCUGGAGGACGAGGAGCCGGCAGGAGCGACCGGCGGAACCAGCCAGGGCUCCACGGAGUCGGACAGCGCGGUGGCGUGGUCUCCGUACGGACAGAUGUUCACACCGAGGGACACACAACAACAGCAACAACAACAGCAGAAAAGGGAUCACCGGGACUCGUCCUCGCCGCACCCGCCGUUCCUGCAAGGGCGCGACUACAGCAUCGACGAGAAGACGGACGCGCUCUUCAACGAGUUCCUGCGGCACGACCCGCAGUUCGACCAGCAGCAGGAGUCGCCGCAGCUGCGCCUGAAGCAGCACCGCUCGCGCGUCCACCUGCGCAAGCAGUGGCAGCGCUCCAAGCAGUACAGCGACCCGGGCCAGCGCUUCGCCAGCUCUUUCGACCGGCACCGCGCCCCGCUGCGCCGGGGCGAGAGCGUCAACUACCCGCCGGAGGGCACCUACCACAGCAGCACGCCCCUGCCGCGCAUCGUCAGCGCCCCCGACGAGGACAACACCACCUCCUCCUCCUCGGCCACCACCAGCGCUCCGGACACCCCCAAGCCGGACAGCCCCAAGCAGGCGGGCGCCGCCGGGGAGCCACCGCAGCAGCAGGAGGAGGAGGAGGAGCAGAGGAAGGUCAGCCCUGGCAGCAGCGGCAGCAGCUUGGGCACGGCUAAGGACAAAGAGGAGGAGACCUCGUCGCCACCGGGUUCUGCUCCCGCAGGCGAACUGACUGAUGGGGGAGAGGAGAUCAGAGGACAAGCCGGCCCACCAAUGCUGGAGGACCAGCCACGCUGCACCUCCUCCUCCUCACCCCCAUCGGAGCAGCGAGGGAUGACGGGGGUGUACGGCCCCCAGACCAUCACGGCCGAGCUGGCGGACAAGCUGAUGGUGGCGAAUCUGGAGGAGCGACUGUACACCAGUCUUGGCAGGACCAAGGAGCAGGGUGCGGAGUGCGUGGUGGUGGUCACACACGCCUCCCCUGACCACAGCCCAGUGUAGCAUGAACAACCUCCCAGCCACACACGCUUAGCCAACACUUACACGCGCAUACACACACACACACACACACACACACACAGACACUCGUAUACUUCCACACACACAUACUGCCGCCAUCUGUCACUUUGCAUCGGCAUCUACGGUCUCCAUAUCGCUUGAACAAACAGGAAAUUGAAACAGCACAAUUCCUGUGGAGCGGGGGGUGUCUCAUGAUACCUUCUAGCCAUGGAAGGAAUUCCGAGUUGUCUUGAAUGCCGAGAUUUUUUUAUGUUCAUUAUUUAUUUAUUUGACUUCACGGUCAUGGAAUGGUCCAAAAGUGUAAAUGUGAAUUAAGUUACUGAUAUAGAAUACCUUUUCAUUAUUUGACUUGUAAAAUAAUGUUGCCAGGAAUUAUGUUUCUGUUCUACUUUGGGUCUAGUUUUUGAGUAAUUAUCCUGAUCCCAUGGCUGUAUUUACGAGUGAU